AUGGUGGUUAUUGAUCGAGAUGGUAAAAUUUUUUGCCCUUGUCGAAAGUGUGUGAAUGUCAUUCGUCCAAAUUUUCAAAUUGUUCAAAUUCAUUUGCUGCAACAUGGGAUUAUUCCAACUUACACUAUCUGGCAUGUGCAUAGGGAACCCCGUGAAUCAAAUGAGGCUUAUCAUCAUGAUAUACCCGUUGAGUGCAAUGAGGUUUUGGGGGGUAUUGAUGCCUUAGUGGAAGAUCAAAUAAGAGGGGAAUCAACUAAUACAACUCAAGAGGAGGAGGUUCGCACUUUUGAUAAAUUAUUGAAUGAUGCCAAAUGUGAGGUGUACCCAAGUUGCACAAAUUACACUUUGUUAAAAUUUGUCAUCGAGAUACUUAAUACGAAGGGGAAUGCAACACUAGAUAAAUGUCCAAUUUGUAAGGCUUCUAGAUACAAGACAAAUCAUGGUAGAGGUAAGAAGAUCUUUCGUAAGGUUCUUCGAUACUUCCCGUUAACACUGAGAUUGAAAAGGUUGUACAUGUCGAGGAAGAGAGCCGAGGAUAUGAAAUGGUUCAAGGAAAAACGUCUAGAUGACAGUGUAUUGAGCCAUCCUGCAGAUAGUGAUGAGUGGAAGAAAUUCGAUACACAUCAUCCUAAAUUUGCCUUGGAGCCUCGGAAUGUGAGGCUGGGGUUGGCUACUGAUGGUUUCAACCCUUUUGGAAAUAUGAAUAACUCAUAUAGUUUGUGGCCUGUCGUACUCAUUCCGUACAACUUGCCACCGUGGUUGGCUAUAAAGGACCCAUUUUUCACGCUGUCAUUACUUAUUCCUGGUGAAUCACAACCAGGAAUUGAUAUUGAUGUCUACAUGAGACCUUUAGUGGAAGAAUUGAAUGAAUUAUGGAAAAAUGGUACAUUAACCUAUGAUGCCUCGACUGGUGAGACUUUCUGCAUGCGUGCGACUUUGUUGUGGACGAUACAUGAUUGGCUCGCAUUUGGUGACAUUUCUGGAUGGAGAACAAAGGGUCAUUACUCUUGUUACACUUGCAAUGACGAACCAUAUUUUGAAUCUUUAAGCAGUAAAACUGCGUACAGUAACCAUCGAUGCUACUUGCCUGAUGACCACCCAGAAAUGCGAAAGAGUAGAGCAUAUAAUGGCAAGCAUGAAAAAUGGAAGAGAUCUUUGGUGAUACUGACAGAAAAGAUUGAAGAACAAUUAGGUAGCAUGACGGGUGUCACAUAUGGAAAACAUCCAAGCAACAUGAAAAGACCUCGUCAGAACCCAAAUUGGACAAAGGUAAGCAUCUUGUAUGAGCUACCGUAUUGGAAGAAAAGGAGGCUUUGA